AUGCGUUCUUACAUCGCCGCUGCUGCCUUUGCAGUCCUUGCUCAGGCUCAGGACCUUGAUUGGGAUUUAGUCUCCCAAUUGACUCCCGUUCCUGAUGUCACCAUCCCUGUGGUCUACGCUACUGCCCCAGCCACCACUGCCACUGCUACAACUGUUUCUUACGACGGCGAAGCGACAGCUGCUGCUCUCAGCUCCGCUCUGGUCGCCAACCCUAGCGACUCCGCUCCUCUGGACUCUGCCAUUGCCAAGCGUGCUGCUACUACCGGCUGCCAGGCUCAGCCUACUGGAGUCCCUCUUGGACCUACCGGUGAUGCCGACACUCCGUCUAACUUCUUGGCAUAUCCCGCAUUCUCCUCAGCCGCCGCCGCAGAAGCUGUUCCUAGCGCUGUUCCUAGCGGCUACGUGAACACCUUCAGCAACCUGAACGCUAGCAACAAUGCUUACGGCUACAUGGGAUAUACACUUUUGCCCGAGUACAAGGCCCAGACCUGUGCAGACAAGUGCACCAAGAUCAACGGAUGCCAGGCAUUCAAUAUCUACUACGAACGUGACCCGAGUCAGAACCCCGGUACUGGUUGUGAGAACCCCAAAAGCACAACCAACAUCAAGUGUGUGUUCUGGUCUGGACCUGUCACCAAAGACAAUGCCAACAACGCUGGUCAAUGGCGCAACCAGUUCCAGGUUGUGAUUGCUGGAUCCAACGGAUAUGUCAACCAGUCCAUCGCAACCCCAGCCGGCUACAACGCUGGUGUCUACCUUGGCAAGGCUACCAUCAACGCCCCUCUCGACUGCACUGGUGAUAACUCGUUCCUUCAACCACAGGUUGUCGGCAACGGUGUGUUUGAUGCCAACCUUUGCGCAGUUGCCUGCAACCAGCAGGCCAGCUAUGCUCGCCAGCACCCUCCUGCUGACGGCUCGUUCAACAAGAUGUGUUCCUUCUUCAACACCUAUAUCCUGUACAAGAACGGUACGUCUCUUGGACAAUACUGCGCCAUGUACGACCAGACCUGGUCCUCUUCAUACGCCAAGAACACUGGUUACUACUCUGGUUCUGACCACUACACCAUCGACUUCUCGUACACCUUCUCCAACUCGACCGACGGUGGCCAACCCAGAUACCCCUGCAAUGUCGCUUCCGCCAAGUCCGCCAUUGUUUCUGCUUCUCUCCAGCCUUACUGCUCUUCGGUCUUGAGCAACGGCGCUACUCAGACCGCCACUGCCACCAACACCCUCGCCACUGUUAAUGCCAACGAUAAGAGCCAGACUACUGCCACUCCCUCUGCUCUCACAAAGUACCCCGCUUCGGUCAUUGCUUCUGCAUGCGCUCUGGCUACCUCGGCCUAA